CUAUAAGAGCAGCUGCAUUCAGCCUUCACAUAGCCAGAAAAACCACACUGAGUCUGAGAGAGGGAAACGUAUAAGCUGACCAACCUCAACCUGCACCCAAGGGACCCCUAAGGCACCCGCAAUCUCACCCCAACACAGCAGACGGUGGGACCAUGAAGACUUUGGUGGCUCUGCUGCUGCUCUGUCUGUGUGAUCCUGGACAGAGUGACUGUCAGGCAGACUGCCUGUCCUGCAGCAACAUCCUGCCCAAACAGCUCAGUUUCAACACUAUGGUGUGUCUCACUGAGUGUGAAGCCAACAUCUCCCCAGCCUUCUCCUGGGACUUCUGUUGUAAGGUGCUGUCCUCGCCAAUUUCCUUCCUUACCGGUACUCUGCGGAAAAGAUCUCAGGAGGAGGUGGAGGCCCUGUUUCCUGAAGAGGAAGCGCAGGUAGAGGGAGGUCUGUUGCUGCCCUUUGCAUUGCAAAGGUACGAUCACUUGACCCGGGCACUUGGGGUGGAUCAAAGGGAUCUAGGUGGCAAAGCCAACCAGCUGAACACUGCCUACAAUUCCCAGAAUGCCCUGUCUCUUGAGGAUGAGUAUGAGGAGGAGGCAGGGCAGGACGAAGGGGCUGCUGACGCAGCAGCAAGAGGACAGAGCGACGCAGGGCUGAGUGUCUCCAAAAGGUUCGGCGGCUUCGUCAAAGGGAGGCACGGCUACAGGAAGCUGAUGUCUCCAGGAAGAUCGUACCAGAAGAGGUAUGGUGGCUUUAUCGGAAUUCGGAAGUCAGCCCGCAAGUGGAACAGCCAAAAACGUUUCAGCGAGUUCCUGAAGCAGUACCUGGGGAUGAGUGCUAAGGCCACUGAGUUCAACAGCGUGUCAGAAGACCUCACCCAACAGAAUGAAGUCUAACAGAGUGCACCUUUAUGCCACUGACAUAAAACUAUUUCCUGAUGUAUUUUCACUGAUCUUGUUUUGUAUUUCACCAACAUGUCAAACUUUCUCUGGUGUCACCAAAGUUGACCUAUUGAAUUGAAGUAAUUUACCACAAAGUGAAAAGUAAGCCCAUGAUCUAAGUCUGCCACUGAAGUCCUCUUUGUCUCACGAUAUUAGAAUUUGCUGUUUCUGUUUUCCUUUUAAUUAUGAUGCAAACAAUUUGCCUUUAAAUAUCAGACCUUUUUUUUAAAUACAUUUUUUUAAGCAGCUUAACCCUCCAGUAGAAGUUUUUCCACUCAGUUGCCAGAAAAAAUAUGGCCAUUGUACAUUUUUGCAAACCACAGAUAUGUUACAUUUGUACAUUAUUAUGUAGGGGAUAUGUUGAAACUUAACGUUGUGGUUAACAUGUGGUUAGGUUUAGGCACAAGAACCACUUGAUUAUGAUUUGGAAAAUAUCAUGUUUUGACUUAAAAUACCUGCCAUUGGUAGCACGAUCCUGCCUAUAAAAAUGCAGUGAUGCCUCUUUAAAAAACAAUCACUUUUCAUGGCACUAUCACUGCUGAUAAACAGCAAUGGGUCCCUAAAACACAACCAGUUCUGUUGUUUGUUGGUCUCGAACAGUGGUCUGCAGUAGUCUGCAGGUCUCUCUCCUAAGUACCAUGGUAUCCACCACCACCUCCACCUCCACUGACAAUGACAUUUUUGAAACGUUGAUAUGAUAUGUAUAAAACAUGCAAAUGUAACUUAUUUGUGGUUUGCAGAAACGUAAAAUGUCAACAAUUUACUCUGGUGACUGGGCGGAUUUUUAGGCCCCCAUCAAAACAGCUGAGCUGAGCUGUGAGACUAUAUCAUCCCUGGCAUCUUCCAGGCCUUCUGUCCAGCUCUGGGCACCCUGAGUCAUUCAGGCCUCCCAUUUGGUACCAGUUGAUGGAUCAUUUGAUUAGCUGCCCGAGCCCUUAUCCUCAUGAGCUUUGAAGAAAGCCCUCACUAUGAAAAUUUCUUCCAGCCUUGAUAUGCAGUAAAAUAUAGGCUUCAUUUUACUAUUUACUAUAAACUGCUAAAUUAACAUUUGCUUUUCUGAUUCCCUUUAUCAUACAGUAUAUUUGACCAAUUAAUUACUCUGCUGGGUCAUCUGCAAAAAGUUCUUAAUCUUUUUACAUGGAGGCCUCUGGCUUUAGGGGGUCAUUACUGUUGAAGGUGUGUAAGAAGUCUAACAGGGCCACUCUUUUUGUUAUACUGCCAUCUUGUGGCAAGAUGCAUAACUCAGUCUCUCUUACAGGACAAUACCAGUGUUAUUUUCAUGUUUUGGCAUUAUGGUUAGGGUACUGUCAGCAGUGAUGUAAACUAUAUUGUAUGUGAUUUGUGGUAAAUAAAUGAAAACAUGCAAAAACACAGCUAAAAGUCAAUGAUUUAUCACUGUGCCAAAACACACCUGAGACAGGGCUACUGAUACAGGUUUAAUAAAAAGAUCUCUUCUUCAAUCUGGUGAAAUGGUGACAUGAAAGACAACAGAGCACUCAGUAUUCAUGCAUAUAUGCUCCUGAUCUGUCGGCCAAACUGAUGUUAUGUGCAAGUGAGCAUCAUCUCUGACUGGCUCCUGUGUCAAGAGGCCAGGUUCCUGUAUGUACAAACAAUUUUUUCUUUCUUCAAACUGUAAUGGUGUGAAAUGUUGCCCACUAUGAGAACUUGUAAAUAGCUGACUUUAAACAUGUCAAUAAAAAUAGUUUACUAUUUCCUUCGUGGCUUGUUAUGCAGAAACUGAUUCUGUGUCUUGAGGUGUUUUGUUCUUAGUAUUGGGUUACAUUAAUCUCUUUACUUCUUUUAGUUACUUUUAGAUUUUUUGAGAGUACUAUACUUUUGUAGAUGUGUUGUAAGCCAUUGAUAAGAACAGCGUUAAGGCUGCCAAGUUGUGUAAUACUCCUUUGGCUGAUGUUUAAAAUGUUUAUAUUUUAUUUCAUUGA